AUGUGCCACUCGUCCGUGAUGCAAUCUAAAUUGUUUCCUGUUCCAUUCUCGCCCGUGCGCCUAAACGCGCUGCUCGCGCUCACCGACGUCUGUGUCCGGUGGGUGACCGUAUUUAUAGCAACACUGAAAGCGGGGGCGGGGUGCGGACGGAUGUGCCACUCGUCCGUGAUGCAAUCUAAAUUGUUUCCUGUUCCAUUCUCGCCCGUGCGCCUCAACGCGCUGCUCGCGCUCACCGACGUCUGCGUCCGGUGGGUGACCGUAUUUAUAGCAACACUGAAAGCGGGGGCGGCGUGCGGACGGAUGUGCCACUCGUCCGUGAUGCAAUCUAAAUUGUUUCCUGUUCCAUUCUCGCCCGUGCGCCUAAACGCGCUGCUCGCGCUCACCGACGUCUGCGUCCGGUGGGUGACCGUAUUUAUAGCAACACUGAAAGCGGGGGCGGCGUGCGGACGGAUGUGCCACUCGUCCGUGAUGCAAUCUAAAUUGUUUCCUGUUCCAUUCUCGCCCGCGCGCCUCAACGCGCUGCUCGCGCUCACCGACGUCUGCGUCCGGUGGGUGACCGUAUUUAUAGCAACACUGAAAGCGGGGGCGGCGUGCGGGCGGAUGUGCCACUCGUCCGUGAUGCAAUCUAAAUUGUUUCCUGUUCCAUUCUCGCCCGUGCGCCUCAACGCGCUGCUCGCGCUCACCGACGUCUGCGUCCGGUACACUUGCAUCGUGGAGCCUCUCCUGGACUCGGUGUGCCAGUGCGUGAAUGUGGAGACUGUGCCUCCCCUAAGGCGCGCGGCAGCUCGCGCUCUGACACGUCUGCUGCUCGCCGGCUACCUGCGUCUACGCACGCCGCUUUACUACCGAUACUGCGCCUUGCUAGCGGACGAGGACCACGACGUUCGUGAACCGGCGGAGUACUACGUGAGCAGCUGUCUCACCAGCGACUCCAUCUACCACCACUUCGUUGACUGCAUCUUGCACUACAACGGCGAGGACGCGGAGCCGAUUUCGUUCGACGCACGGCAGCUGAUCUACGACGUGAUGCUGCAGCGGCUCUCGCUGGUGCAGAAGCUGAACGUGCAGUGCCGGCUGGCGCGCGAGGUGCUCGAGCACGCGGCCGACGUCACCGACGAGAAGGGCGGCGAGGGCGAGCUGCCGCCCGCGCUGCACGCUGCCCUGCUCGACACCAUCACGCUGCUCUGCGGGCCGCGGAUGCGGCUGCCCAAGAAGCCGCAAACAACAGGUGAUAUGGCAGACAUAGAUGACUUACAAGAGAGGGUCACUACAAACAUCGUUUCACAUAAAAUGAAACGCACCGUGGCGGAGGUGCUGGUGCCGGCGGUGUUGCGGCUCUACGCCCGUAUGCGCCCGCACGGAGGCCAACUAGCAGCUUAUUUAGUGCGAAUCGCCACCGACCUCCUCAACGACUACCGCCAGGAGAUCGAGGAGCUGAUCGACAACGACGAGGAGCUGGUGCGGCGCGUGCAGCACUUCCAGCAGACGAUCGGGCUGGAGCCGUCGUUCGGGAACGCGCGCAACCUGGUCACCGCCUCGGCGCCCCCCGACCCGGACACGCCGCGCGCACAGCGCAGGCGCGCGCCCAGGGGCGGCCGCGAGUCGCCCAGGAAGCGCCCGCUCAGGAUC